CGUUUUUUUUUUAACAUUUCAGCAAACUGUACAAUGACAACUGAAGGAAUUUUGAAGGAUGUCUAAAGUUUAGAGGCUACAUCUGUCUUGUCUUCUCACCCUUAAAAAAAAAAAAAGAAUAAAUGGGAUGUUUCAGAAGAGAGCUAUAUAAAGAGUGUUGCAAAUGGCUUCAGAAUCUACCAAUGGGAAACAAGCUAGGAGUCAUGUGACAAAGGGGAGGCGGCAGCAUCAGCACCAGCCCGCAAGGAGCAGGUCCUCUGUCAGCGAGUGCGAGGGCGAUGACUCCUUCAUCUUCGAAGCCAACGAAGCCUGGAAAGACUUUCACAGCUCUCUCCUUCGGUUCUAUGAAAAUGGGGAACUCUGCGACGUCACACUAAAGGUUGGCUCAAAGCUGAUCUCCUGUCACAAACUGGUGCUGGCUUGUGUGAUCCCCUACUUCAGAGCCAUGUUUCUUUCUGAAAUGGCUGAAGCCAAGCAGGCGCUGAUUGAGAUCCGAGACUUUGAUGGUGAUGCCGUGGAGGACUUGGUGAAGUUCGUGUACUCCUCACGGCUCACUUUGACGGUGGACAACGUCCAGCCUCUCCUCUAUGCAGCAUGUAUCCUGCAGGUUGAACUGGUGGCCAGAGCUUGUUGUGAAUACAUGAAGUUACAUUUCCAUCCCUCCAACUGCCUGGCAGUACGAGCCUUUGCAGAGAGUCACAACCGAAUAGACCUAAUGGACAUGGCAGACCAGUAUGCCUGUGAACACUUUACUGAAGUGGUGGAAUGUGAAGACUUUGUGAGUGUGUCACCCCAACACCUCCACAAGCUCCUGUCCUCCAGCGACCUCAACAUCGACAGUGAAAAGCAGGUCUACAGUGCUGCUAUCAAGUGGCUUCUUGCCAAUCCCCAGCAUCAUUCUAAAUGGCUGGAUGAGACACUUGCACAGGUUCGUCUGCCAUUAUUGCCGGUUGAUUUUCUUAUGGGUGUUGUGGCAAAAGAACAGAUUGUCAAGCAAAAUCUAAAAUGUAGAGAUCUAUUGGAUGAAGCAAGGAACUAUCACCUUCAUUUGAGCAGCAAGCCUGUCCCUGACUUUGAGUACACGGUCCGGACUACCCCAAGGAAGCAUACAGCUGGUGUACUGUUCUGUGUAGGUGGCCGAGGUGGAUCUGGCGACCCCUUCCGAAGUAUUGAAUGCUAUUCUAUCAACAAAAACAGUUGGUUCUUUGGACCAGAAAUGAAUAGUCGAAGGCGACAUGUGGGUGUGAUCUCUGUGGAAGGUAAAGUGUAUGCAGUGGGUGGGCAUGAUGGCAAUGAACACUUAGGAAGCAUGGAGAUGUUUGAUCCUCUCACUAAUAAGUGGAUGAUGAAGGCAUCAAUGAACACCAAGAGGCGAGGAAUUGCUUUGGCCUCCUUAGGGGGCCCAAUAUAUGCAAUUGGAGGGUUAGAUGACAAUACUUGCUUCAGUGAUGUGGAGAGAUAUGACAUUGAAUCUGACCAGUGGAGUACAGUGGCACCAAUGAACACUCCCCGUGGAGGCGUUGGCUCUGUGGCUUUAGUGAACCAUGUUUAUGCAGUGGGCGGCAAUGACGGAGUGGCCUCCUUGUCCAGUGUAGAAAGGUAUCAUCCCCAUCUGGAUAAGUGGAUAGAAGUCAAGGAAAUGGGUCAACGAAGAGCAGGCAAUGGCGUUAGUGAACUCCAUGGUUGCUUGUAUGUUGUUGGUGGUUUUGAUGAUAACUCCCCUUUGAGCUCCGUUGAGCGGUAUGACCCUCGAAGCAACAAGUGGGAUUAUGUGGCAGCACUUACCACUCCCAGAGGUGGAGUAGGGAUCGCAACAGUGAUGGGCAAAAUCUUUGCCGUUGGUGGUCAUAAUGGCAAUGCAUACCUCAACACAGUGGAAGCAUUUGAUCCAGUGCUGAAUAAGUGGGAGCUGGUUGGACCUGUGUCUCACUGCAGAGCUGGUGCCGGUGUAGCCGUGUGUGACUGUUUAACCAGCCAGAUCCGAGAUGUAGGUCAUGGGUCCACUAAUGUGGUUGACUGCAUGUGAUUUAAGUCCCAGCAGCAACAAUGCAACCACAGGUGAUGGAUGGGAAGACAGCCAGCAUUUUGAUUGUGACUGUCAAUACUGUCCUGUUGAAUGUCAGCUGUUGUAUACUAAGUAAGUUCACCUUGUGGACUGAUAGCUGGAGAAAUGUUAGUCAUAGCACUAAGUGCGCGUGGCAUUUCCUGCUCUAGAAAUAAUGAAGUAGGCAGGAAGUAGGCUAUCUCUGAACCCGUUCUUGUUCUGAAAAACAUUUCAUGUAGUGCCAAACCUUAAAAUAACUGUUUAUUUUGAUGAAUAAAAUGUAAUUUAUUGAC